UAGUACAGCAACCUCACAUCCGAUUCUCCUCAGCCUAUAGAACAUUAACAAUAUCAUUACCUACUGCCAGCCACAGCAAUAUCUGCUCACUGUACCUGCCUCCUUGUGCAAUGACAGAAGGAAGGAAAUCUCAGACCAGGAAAAAAUGGCCGCAGCCACAGCCAGCCCAGGGAACACAAUGCGCCAUGUAUAAGUUAGAUCUGCCUAUAGAUCUGAAAGAAGUUGCUGCGAUUGAAAGGAGAAGAAAUAAAGAGCAACAAAGACAAAGCCGAAUAUUCAAUGCCAAGUAUCGGACAAUAGGGGUGGAUGUGGCCACUCUGGAGAGACAGGUAGAAGAAAGAAAGACACUGGAGAGAACUGAGAAAGCUCGGGAUGAGGCCUUUGAUGCAGAUCGGCAACAGUAUGAUAAAAUUGCUCUGAUGCUGGAGCAAAGGGAACUGGAGGUAGCCCGAGACCUAACCCGGGCUGUACAGAACUUCAGCGAACAACAUCAGCAGCCUGAGGACCGCAGGGAAUUUGACCUGUAUGACCCAGAUGCUCUAAAGAAGGAUAGGCCUGCUAGGGUUAGUGACGAUGACCCCAGAUGUGGUCCUGCCAGCUUGCAAAUGUUUGCCGGAGAAGACCUGAGUGAAAAGGAACGGAAGAAGUUACAGACAGAGUUGUCCAAAAAGUGGUUGACAGAACAGAAAGAUGAGAGGAAGAGGAGUGAAGCACAGCACAAAUUUGCAGAUCAUUUAUAUGACAAGAAGAGGGUGGAGUUGGAUGAGAGAACCCAACACCUAAGCAGGAUGGAAGAAGACUGCAGGAAGGCCGUAAUCAUGGCCACCAAUAAUUUUAACCAAGCCUUGGCCAUGGAGGCAUCUGAGCGCAGGAGGCUGGAGAAGCAGAAGGAGGAAGAUAAUAACUUUGCAGAGAUAUACAACCACCUGACAGGGGACAUCCUGACAGAAAACCCUGAGGCGGCGGUCAGUUCCUUUGGGGCACACCGGGUGGUGCCAGAUCGGUGGAAGGGCAUGAGCCCAGAGCAGCUGAAAGCCAUCUUAGAAACUCAGGAGAUGCAAUGCCAAGAAAAACAGAGGCUGAAGGAGGAGGAGAAGCAGCGGAACACUGAGUGGGACAGGCAGAGGCUCCUGGCUGGACGUGCUGCAAUGACAUUGGAGCAGCAAGAGGAAGAGUUUAGCAGGGAGAUAAGGAAGAGGCUGGAUCAGCAUAACCAGCAGCUGAGCAGAGAGCAGAAGGCACACCUGGAGUACCUGGAUAAAGUAGUAUACACCAACAACCCAACCGCACAUUUCCACUCUCAAUUCAACACCACCAGUCGCUGAAUGAAGUGAUCCUGGGAGAAGUUAUCCGUGAUCUGGCAGCCGAUAAGCACGGUCCAAUCUACGUCUCGCAGGUCCUCUCUAUGGCCGGCCAUGUUUGCAUACAAAUAAAAAUACAUUAUAAUAA